CGGGCCGAGUGUUCCACCCUUACCGCCGCGGGAGAAGCGGCAUGGCUGAGUUGCGCUUGGCGGCGCGGGCGGGAGGCUGCUGAGCAGGUGGCGUCGGAGAACGGGAUGGCUCCGCAGCAGAAGUCCAGCGUGGAAUUGGUCCCGCACCGGCCGCCCUCUUCGGCCACGCGGCUCUUCACCUGGGACGAAAUCCAGGCCCACACCAAGCAAGGAGCCCCGGGGCGAGAGAAUUGGCUGGUGGUCGGCAGGAAAGUGUACGACGUCCGCAGCUUCUGCCAGAGACACCCCGGGGGCUCCCGGAUCCUGAUGAGCCACUUUGGGGAGGACGUGACGGUGAGAUGCGGAUUGGGGGUCGUGUGAAAAGUGUGAAGGAGGUGAUGGAGGAGAGAUAACUAAGCUACCCCGUGAUAUUGCAUGUCAGUCGGUCCCGCAUUCCUCUGUUCUGCUCUGAGUCCGGAGCGCCUCAGAUUAAGGUCUGAGGGACAUAUGGUGAACGGCUGAUAGUCCGUUCGUCGAUAAAUAACAGUAUGGUAAUAAAUCAUUUAGGAGUCAAUUCUCUAGUAACCUAAUUAAAGUACUAUCUCGUCGGCAGUAAAUUCCUUAGUCAAGGCACUGUAAUUAAAAAUCCCAGUUUCAUGCUGAGGAGAAAUCAGUCCUAAAUCCUACUAUGCAUCCUUGUAACAUAGAAGAACACAGAUUAUACGUAAUAUAUAUAUCAUUUUGAACUUUUAAAAUGACUUCUCAUCUGAUGCAAAAGUUGCAGAUACAGUGAGAAUAAUGUGAGGUCAUAAGCAUAAAUUGUUGUAAAUGCCUAGAAUAUUAUAUUUAUGAAUAAAUUGAUAGGCUGCCAAAGCUGUACAUUUUUCCUGAGGGUGAUUGUAUAAUCGAAACAUACUCCUGACCUCAAAGUCAGCAGCUCUUUUAAACCAAUGUUUCCCUCAAGAUGCAAAGAUCCAUCAUUGCAGCCCAUUUAAAGGGCAUCAUCUCAGUAUCUCCCAUUUUAGUCAAAGAUCAAAUAUGAAGCUGUCUUUAAACUGCACUGUUUGCUUAAAUCUGCCCACUAGUUGAGCAAUUGAGCAAUCCACUAUACUGUAACUGUAAUGUGAGAAUUCUGUUUGGGAGUUGUCGUUUAGAUCUAGGCAUACUUGGUUUUCUGUUGUCCCAUGAUGCUGCUUGGGCAAUCAUGUCUGCUGAUAUUCGCUACUGAUGUGGUUUAACAGGGAGCAGAUGGCCCUCAGAUUGCAUUUUUAUGAGGAGAGGAUUGCUUGCCUGCAAUGCUGCUGAGAUAAAGACAUGGCAGACUGCCUAUAAAGGAGGACUUUUGUGGCCCCAUAAUGAGUGGGGCCCUGGGCGUUGACCAGUUUGCUUUUAAUAAAGUCACACUGCUGUCACCCUCCAGUUGUGGUGGACUCCUAACUCCCAUCAGCCUUACCCACCUUGGCUAGGGAUGCGGAGCUGCAGCAUCUGAACAUCUGAAGUGCAACACAUUCUGUAGCAUUUUAGGGCUAGAGGAAGCUCUUUUGCUCUGCUGAAAAUGAGUCCUGGAAUGAUGCUGCAAAUUGCAGUUGUGAGUCAUGCAUGUUGUUUCAAAGGACAUGAUCCUAAUGACCCUGGAGCAAGCUAACAUGAAAUUGGGUAUUUUCUCUUUUCCUUGUCAAAAAACUAGAGUUCAGCAGCCUUGUAAUUUACUCUUAAUUUGUGGUUGGGUUGUGUCCAACAGGAUCUAGAAAUUCAACUUGAAGUAAUCUCCCUGCAUAAAGCACGCACCAAAGCUCCCUGAAGUGUUAACAAAUUUUGCAAAACCAAAAUAAUGGACAAUUUCCUAACUUUCAACAACGCCCCCUAAACCAGCUGCCUUCCUCGCCCUCUCUAACAAUAGGCUUCCACGUCACCAUUCUUCACAGCAGGAGUGGCUGCUCAGCACUUAAAAUGCUCUGCAAAUUAAUCCUGCCACAAGCACAAUCCAGUUUGUUCUCUCUACCUCCCCCGUACCCCAGUGACUACCACAUUCCAGAAAUUAUUUCAAGGAAGAAUCCAAAUGGUUCCUAAUGCCAAAGUUUUCUCAAGCUACAUCAGCCAGUAUUUGAGAACCACAGUCUUAUUAGAAAGGGUUUUUUUAAGCCCAAACAACAACUUUGUAUAGAAUUGUUUUUUAUUUAUUUGCUUUAGUUCCAACCCCUGUCCCCGCCCCAAAAUAAUCUGUCGGUUAGUCAGGGCACCCACUGGCCUCCACCAAACCUGUGGAGGUAUUUCCCAAGCCACUUCCAAAUUUUUUUCUUUUUGUUGUGGCAAGCACUGACUUGUAAGAACUCAUUUUUCUGUAAGGAAGUGUGAGACUAUCAAAGGCUGCAUACACACCAUACAUUUAAAGCCCCCCCCCCCCCAAAUCCUGGAAACAGUACUUUGUUCAGGGUACUGGGAAUUGUAGCUCUGUGAGGGUUAAACUACAGUUUCCAUGAUCCUUUGGGGGUGGGGGAGUGCUUCAAAUGUAUGGUUUAUAAGCUGCAUUAAGCCUCUCGCAAAGGGCUUUCUCUCUUUCAUUCCCUGCUACCUUCUGCUUUUUUCAUUUCUGAGUUUGGGUUUAAGGGGAAUAUGGGCAUGGUUCCCAUUGAAAUCGAUGGGACUUGAGUUCCACUAACCUAGGGACUCCAGCCAACCAUAUGCCUCCUCUGGAACAAACUACCAUAUUUUUCGCCCCAUAAGGCGCACCGGCCCAUAGGAAAAAAAAAAUUGAUUUCCCCCCCAGGCUUCCCCCGACCCCAGCCCCCAGAACAGGCAGCUCUCCGCAACCCUGGGGAAACGGCGCGACUUCCCGCCUCUUGCUCUCCAGGCUUGCGCACCGACCCCUCUCGCUCUCCAGGCUUCAGCGAAAGCCUGCAUUCGCCCCAUAGGACGCACACACAUUUCCCCUUCAUUUUUGGAGGGGAAAAAGUGCGUCCUAUAGGGCGAAAAAUACGGUAUUUUGGCCUCCAAAAUGUAUUUUGGCUGGAAGAAGGGGAUUUGGUGCAGGGCGUGUGUUGCAUUUUAGGAAAAAGAAACAGUGAAACCAUCAAUGAAGAAUUUAAAGAGAGGUGUGAGAAAUGCCAAAAAUAUAACUUGUAGCAUCUCUGUGCCCCUUCAGAUGAAGUUGGACUCCAGCUCCCACCAUCCUUCUCCGCUGACUGUGCUGGCUGAGCUGGCUGAGGGAAGCUGGAGUUCAACACUAUCUUGAGGUUUAUGCUGCCAGCCUGGAAACUUGAGGAAAGGGUUGCUUCCAACGAAACUUCAGGAAGAACAUUUUGAUGUUAAAGAGCUGCUCAACAGUGAAACGGACUCCAUGGAAGGUGGUGGACUCUCCUUUUCUGGAGAUUUUAAAGCAGAGGUUGGAUGGCCAUCUGCCAGGGAUGCUUUAGCUGAGAUUCCUGCAUUGCAGGGGGUUGGACUAGAUGAUUCUCAGAGUCCUUUCCAAACUCUCCAAUUCUGUGAUUCUGUGUGGCCUGUUACAAUCUGAGACCUACCAAGGAGGCCCUCUCAGUGAUUCCAUCUGUGCAUCAGGCCCAGGCUGUGAAGACAUGAAGAUUAUUGGGGGUUGCUCCUCAAUUAUGGGAUCCCUUCCCACUUCAGGCAUGCUGGGAGGGUGCUGGGAGUUUUAGGAAAUCUCUAUUCCCCUCACAGAACUGCAAUUACCAGGGUAGUUUAAUAAGUGGUGUUUGUGUGUGAAGCACGCAAGCCUGAAUCUUAUGCUGGCUCAUUCCUGUAAUAGCUAUUCAAGCCCUCCAAGUUGCCUAAUGCGUUUAGACUACAAAAUAGUCUUCAUUAGAUGUAAUGAUCACCUGCCUCCUGAAAAAGGAGUUUCUUUUCCUUUGAGGAAAAACACUUGCCCCAAUCAACUACCCCCCCCCCCAGGACCUUUAUGAACUUCACUUCUGUUUGUUGCUUUGAAUAUUGCUGUGGAUCAGGAAUCCACAGCAAUAUUCCCUUUUCAAUUAGCAAUAAUUGCACCCUACAUUAACCAGGGUGUUGCUUGCGGCAAAACAGUAAAUGGUGCCACUGUCUCCUCUGCCACCGCAGCCUGAGGAAACCGGAGGCACUGGGGCCCUGGGUGCCUAAGCACCCACACAUUUUCUCACAAAGGGGCCAGGCACCCACAAAUUUCGGUGCCAGGGCCAUGCACAUUGCAUGGCACCCAUGGCCCCUGGCCCCAACGGUUGCGGGGCCAAGUUAGCACUCCUGACUGGAGCAGCAGCCUCAGGAAGCCCUGGCAUGCUGAAGCUGGCAGUGGAGAAAGAAGGAGGCUAGAGAGGAGCAGGCCCACUCUUCCCAGGUGGCGCAUAGGCGACAUGCGCUGGAUCUCCUGCCCCUCUCAGCUGUCCCUAGUCUGCUACCUGAGGUGACUGCUAAUGAACAGACUGGUUCUGAAUCUGUACCUUCAGGGCUGCAGGUCAGGAGCAGAAGAAUUAUAGGCAAUUCCUGCCAGGAGAUUCUCAUUGUAGCCCACAAUCCUCGAGUCCUGGAAUAUCUGGUGACACGAGGGGGCCAAUCUGUGAUGUUCCCAGGUGCUGUAAAAACAGCCCCUCUGACUUCCCACAAUCUGAGAAACUUGUUGCUGAGGGAGGCUGUGCCAUUGUUUUCUGCUUACCUGCCCCAGCCUGCCUUUGCCUAUCUUGAAAAUGCUGGUUUGAAUGAAACGGAGCCAGUGAAAAUCAUAUGUACAUGAAUUGUGGGGUGAGGGUGGCAAUUAUCUAUGCAUAUCAUUUCUUGAUUAAUGUUCUGAUUAUCUCUGUUUAUUAGCAAUACAUCUUCUGUGUCAGAUAAGAAAUAAUAGUGUUUACACAAGCUUUUGAAACGUCUUGCACACAGGUUCCCGUUUUUGAUUCGCAAAGCAGAAAGAGAGGGGUACCUUGCUCAAGUAUUUCCCAUGACCGCUCAUGGAAUAAGUGCUAGGAGUGAGCCCACUGUCACACACCUUUGACUAUGUCUGCAAAUCCUUUUGGCCCCCACCCCACAACCUUUGAUCAUUUACCUUAAUUAGAGGCAACGUGCUCUUGAUGUAUUUAAUUGCUGCAGUGUCAUAACUCAACAGUACCAUUACAAACCGAAAAAUAUGUAGGGAUUUCCAUUUAAACUCCAGCGGAGUGCAGGGCGUUCAGGCAGGCGCUGCAGUUGAAACAAACCCUAUGACUGUUUCCAGAUUGAUGGUUUCUGUCAGUACCCUGUCAUCUUUCUAUGUCCCAUCCACACAAGGAGGAAGUGUGACAGAACUGCUGUGUGUGUGGUCUUUUGAAGCUUGGCACACAUUCACUAUAACACUUGAGGUGGCUGCCAUUUUAUGACACCCAUUAGUUUUAGAAAAAAUCUUGUAAUUAUUACAUAAGUCUCUCUCUCUCUCUCUCUCUCUCUCUCUCUCUCUCUCUCUGUGUGUGUGUGUGUGUGUGUGUAGAGCACUAAAGAUUUAUAUCACCAUAAUGUUUAUAAAGUAAAGGUAAAGGUACCCCUGCCCAUACGGGCCAGUCGUGUCCGACUCUAGGGUUGUGCGCCCAUCUCACUUAAGAGGCCGGGGGCCAGCACUGUCCGGAGACACUUCCGGGUCACGUGGCCAGCGUGACGAAGCUGCUCUGGCGAGCCAGCACCAGCGCAGCACACGGAAACGCCGUUUACCUUUCCAGUAUACAGCGGUACCUAUUUAUCUACUUGCACUUAGGGGUGCUUUCGAACUGCUAGGUGGGCAGGAGCUGGGACCAAAGACGGGAGCUCACCCCGCCGCGGGGAUUCGAACCGCCGACCAUGCGAUCGGCAAGUCCUAGGCACUGAGGUUUUACCCAAGCGCCACCCGCGUCCCAUCAUAAUGUUUAUAGUAUAGCACAAAAUACGAUAAUAGUGUUAUACUUUUAUAACACUAUACUACAAUCCUAAUUUUUAAAAAAUUCUGGUUACUGGUAUUUUAGCAACUUGGUUAAUGGUGGUGAUAAGAGACUUAAGAUUUUAUCCCGCCCCCCAAGGGAAAAUAGAAUAGAAUGAUGGUGUUGGAGCACUACAACUCUUUCAUUAGUUUAAAAAGAACAUAUCCAGAAAAUAUUUUAAUGAUAAUUAAAAGAUAUAAAAAAUAGUGUCAAAAAUUGAUGCUCACCACAAAUGUUCUAAUGAAUGUGUGCUGAACUCUUUCCUGGUUCAUUGCUAUCCAUGUCAAAACCUCCACAUUUUUAAAAAGAUGAAAGAAUGGUGAUAAAGGUGUCUUACACCUGUGGAGAUUGCAGUGGUCUUCUGAUGGAGACCAGCCAUUCUGGUCUGAGAAAGAUGGAAGAACUAAAGGGGAAAUGUAGGGUGACAAUGAUUGGAUGGUUUUAUUUUUUUACAUUUUUAAUAUUUAUAUGCUGCUUUCCAAUGCAAAGCCCAACAUGGUGUCAUGUCAAUGUCCCAUAAAAAGUAGCUGAAAGGAUCAGGGCAAAAUGCCACAUAUAGAAACAGAGCCUCCCAAUGUCAUUGUUGGAAUUCUAGCCCAUCUCUCUCUCUCUCUCCACACACACAUACACACAUAACUUUGCAUUGCAUUUCAGUAGUAACAGCAUAUAAAAGAUGAUGAUAACAUACUAAAAGCGAACAGGAAAAUGGAAAAAAAGGAAGAAGAGAGUAAGGGAGAAAACCAUAUAAAUAAAAUUGAGCAAGUUUCCCGUUCAUAAAAUUGUAGUUUUGGAAGGGACCCCCGAGGGUCAUCUAGUCCAACCCCCUGCUAUGUAGGAAUCUCAGCUACAGCAUCCAUGGCAGUUGGCCAUCCCAGCUCUGCUUAGAAACCUCCAAGGAAGGAGAGUCCACCACCUUCGAAGGGAGUCAAGCAUCUCUUCCCAUCAGUAGGUUUAGUUGGAAUCUCUUUUCAACUUGAAUCCAUUGCUUCAGGUCCUACUCUCCAGAGGAAGAGAAAACAAGCUUGCUUCAUCUUCAAUGUAACAGCCCUUUAGAUAUUUGAAGGGGGCUAUCAUUUCUCCUCUCAGACUCCUCUUCUUCCGGCUAAACAUACCCAACUCCCUCAACCAUUCCUCAUAAGGCUUGGUUUCCAGACCCUUGAUCAUCUUGGUUGCCCUCCUCUGCACACAAUUGUCAUCAUCAUCACCAUCACAGCAUCCUUUUCUAAUUUACUUGCCUAUGAAUUGCAGAGGAGGCGAGAUUUAUAAUGCCUCUAUUAAUUUGUCUCUUUCAUAAACUAAGGAUUGAGUUGAAAGCACAUGUAAGCACAUGAUCAGACUGGGGAAAUGCUCGUUCAUGUCCAUGACUAAUUUCCCAUUACACAAAUGGGAUUGUGUUAAUCCCAUUUCAAAGAACUAAUCCUGUGUUGUUUCUUGGUAAUCACAGCAUCCUUUUCUAAGCACUCACAGACCGACCAUUUAAUUAUAUGUUCAAGGACCUUCCCUGCUAUCGCUGUCAAACUCAGUGGUCUUCUCUGGGUCUUCUCUCCCUGCCCCUCUGCCUUCUGAAGAUGGGGAAUAAUAUUUGCCUGCCUUCAGUCAGCAGGGACUUCUGAUAAUUCUGAAAGAUUAUAGACAGAGGCUCUGGGAUCGCAUCCACAAGCUCCUUUAGUACCCUUGCAGGCAGCUCAUCAGGCCCUGGGGAUUUGAAUUCAUUUAAAGUAGCCCAGAGUUCUCUUUUCCUAUCUUGAGCUGCAGCUCCAUCCUUUUAUAAUUUAUUUUGUUAUUACCAGGUUGGGCACUGCUUUACUUUUGGGUAAAGACAGUGGCAAAGUAGAUGUUGAGCAUUUCUGCCUUCUCUCUGUCACUCAAUAGCAUUUCUCCGUGCAGAAGACCUGCUCCUUGCUUGUUCUUCCUCGUGUUUCAAACAUAGCCAAAUAAAGCUCUAAAAAUUAAUUUUAAUCUCUUUUGUAAGCCUGAGCUCAUUCUGUGCUUUAGCCCGCCUGACUCAAAGUAAAGCAGUAAACAUCCUGAUCUCAGCAGUUUCAACAAACAUGGAAUUUAAACAAGAGUAUAGGCAGCACAGGACAGUCAGGUGUAAUUCCAAAUGUCUCUGUCUCAUGAUUUCAGCCAUUUACUUCUGAGCUAAUUAAUAGAUAUGAGCGUUUCUACUGUUCCUCCCAGUCCAAAUUUUUAAUACAGUGGUGCCUCGCAAGACGAAAUUAAUCCGUUCCGCCAGUCUCUUCUCUUGCGGUUUUUUCGUCUUGCGAAGCACGGCUAUUAGCGGCUUAGCAGCUAUUAACGGCUUAGUGGCUAUUAACGGCUUAGCGGCUUAGCAGCUUUAAGAAAAAGGAAACAAACUCACAAGAACUUGCAAGAUGUUUCGUCUUGCGAAGCAAGCCCAUAGGGAAAUUUGUCUUGCGGAAUGACUCAAAAAACACAAAACCCUUUCGUCUAGCGAGUUUUUCGUCUUGCGAGGCAUUCGUCUUGCGGGGCACCACUGUAUAUUUCUCAAUCUUUCCUUCUAGCUAUUCAUCCCUUCAUUUUUUCCACUGUCUUUAUUUGAAGAACAGGUUCCCUGCCCAGCCAUACAUUUGCGGUAUCUCCAGACUGCCCUAUUCCUUCCCAUGAGUUCAACUCUAGUUCUUUUAGCGUCUCUUUCGCCUGCUCAUAUUUGUAGAUGCUCAUUAACUGCAUUCCAAUGAUAGGUUCAUGCAUACCUUGCCUGAUAGCUGUCAUCGUUCACAAGUUUUGCAAUGAAUUGCUAGCCCCAAAGGGAGAUUAUUCACCCGAAACACCCACCUUGAAGCUGCAUCUUCAUCUGUUUUUUUUGGGGGGGGGGGAAUGUGGAGAAGUGGAAAUCCCUGCUUUCCCCCUUCCCAGUUUUUCACACCUGCGUAACGACAGAACUUGAAAUGCACUGUGACAAAUUCCUUUUGCACAACAAGAUGUUUACUGACAUUUCGAAAUGACUGAGACUUCAAUAAAAGCAAACGGUAACCUAGAGCUGUUUAUACAUGCUUUUGCACAUGAAACUCAACUGUGCAAUCCUAUGCCUGUCUAUUCAGAGGUUAGUUCUCAUAGGGUGGAGUGCUUUCCCUUGGGAGGCCUGCGCUGCACCCAGCUUCUUACUACUUUGCCGCCAGGCAAAUACAUUUUUGUCUUCCUGGGCAUUUGGGCAACAGCCAGUGAUAUUUUAUUGUAUUGUUAAAUUCAUUUUAUUUAGUACAAUUUAUUAAAAGUAAUUGCACAUUUGUUUUGUACAGUUACUUUAUAUUGUUUAAUGUGUGUAAAUUGCUUCAGGAUUUUCAGUGGGAAGCAAUCUGUAAGUGCUGGCCCAUUAGAGAAGCUAGUGCACUGGCCUACCAGUCUAAGUCUGCCCCCAGCCAGUUGCCCCCAGCCUGCCUUUCUUUCCUGCAGCUGGUCCAGGUUUGUCAACUUCCUCCUCUUCCUCCUCCAUUUCUGUUGUCCUUGUAGAACUCUGCGGGGAAAAGAAUGGGAGCAAAGCUAGAAUGAGUUGGCUCUGCUGAGCUAAAUGGACCAAGGAUCUCAUAGAAUUCAUAGAAUCAUAGAGUUGGAAGGGACCCUGAGGAUCAUCUAGUCCAACCCCCUGCAAUGCAGGAAUAUACAGUUGUUCCGUUGGGGAUCAAACCUGCAAGCUUGGUGUUAUCAGCACCAUGUUCUAACCAACUGAAUCAGACCACCAGUGUAAGAGAGCUUCCUUUGUUUUACUUCCGUCAACUUUCCGCUGUUUCAUGAUUGAGUCUCCUUUUCAUAGAAUCACAUUGUCUGUGUGUGUGUGUCUGUGUCUUGUAGGCUCGUGUAUUCCAACUCCCUGCUCAGUGCAGGACGUCCAGAGCUAGGGCAUCCUCAACAGAUGGUUGAGGAUGAGCUCAAUACACACCACCCGUCUGCCAGUUACCCCACAAACUCCUCAUCUGUUGUUUUACUUUUGAUAAACCCGCACGUUCCUUUAAGAGGAACAUUGCCAGAGAAAUUGGGGGGCUGGUAGCAGCACCGGGGAGAAGGGCACACAGUGGCCUCACUCAAUAUUUCCUGGUAUUGGUUUUGCCUUCCCAUCUUUUCCCCCUGUGGACUUGUAGGAUGCCUUUGAAGCGUUCCAUGUCGACAAGUCAUUGGUGAAGAAGUAUUUGAACCCGCUGCUGAUUGGGGAGUUGGCACCAGAUCAAUCCAGUUUGGGACCCAGCAAAAAUGUAAGUCUCUUCUAACCCCUGGAUGUGAGAUGUGAACCCAAGAAGAAGUAAGGUUUCCCUCCGUACAUGUUAUGUGUAUUCUGGAGUGCUUAAAGGAGGAUGCCAUGCGCUGGUCUGAACCUGUAAAUGGUGGCAACGGGCUGAUAGAAGGGGAGAAGCCCUGAGCAGAAUUAGACAUUAAAACUCUGGUCACACCCUCCCCUUGCUGCUCCUAAGAGCACAGGCUACUCCAACAUUUCCUAGAGUAGAGGAGCUGUCAUUUUUAAAUUUCUUCUUCACAGGAAUCACUCAUCAUGGACUUCCGUGAGCUGCGCACCACUAUAGAGAAGAUGGAACUCCUGAAGCCCAACACUUACUUUUUCAUGGCGGUGUUCCUUCACAUCCUGCUCUUGGAUGCUGCGUCCUGGCUCAACUUCUUGUAUUUUGGAACCUCUUUACUGCCCUUCACUGUCUCUGUGGCACUUUGCACAAUGUCCCACGUAAGUUGUCUUGCUCCGUGAAUAAAGCCAAAGGCUGGCCUUCUGUUCUAAGCACCUGAAACCAGCUUCCUUGGUCAUCUUCUACUACCCUGGUGAAGCCAGUGCUCAUUCUGGAGGUCAUCUUUAUCACUGGGAUUUUUGUCGCUCCCAGCGUUAAUGGGUGCAAUUCCAGUCCUUUGCAGUGAGAUGUUUGUUUAUCCUCGGCGAUUUAUGAGUUGUAUGGGUAUUAUUCAGAAAUUCAUGCCUGCAUUUACCCAUGUAGUAUGCAUGGCACACAGAUUACUCUAGAGCUACCACAUGCAAUGACAUGAUGGCUUCUUUUGAAUUAAAUGAUGCAGAAGGGACCCCAAAAGCCGUUCAAAUGAUAGGCAGGCCAUUGUUCUAAGCAAUCUCCUUUGCCUUCCAGAUCCAGGCUUCAUGGUUCCAACAUGAUUUGGGGCACCUUUCCGUCUUCCAGAAGCCCAAGUGGAACCACCUGCUUCACAAAUUUGUGAUGUGCCAUCUUCUUGUAAGUGCUUGUUUUCGAAAACUUUUAUUUUUUUGAGAGGGGUGGGAAGGGUAAGAGAUCUGGAUUGAUUAUCUGAAAAUCAAGCUACCAUAUUUUUGGACAAUGUGCAUAAUACACUAAAAGGUGUGUGGGGGGGGGAAACGUUCUAGUUCUUUGUGGAUUUUUGUUCCCAAAAGCCUUCCCACAACCCUCCCAUUGCAUGGUGGGUGCAUAUAUACUACAAACAAAUCAGUUUUAUAACAGAGGAACUGUCUUGGCUUCCCCUAAAGCCAGGAUGGGGAACUUUUGGCCUUCAGCUGUUACUGGGCUACCACUGCCCCCUUCCCUGACCAUUGGCUGUGCUGGCUGGAACUCAGGGGAAUUGCAGUUCCAACAGCAUCAGAAGGACCACACGUUCCUCACUGCUGUCUAAAUGAACCCUGUGUGCUGCAGCAAAGGUGCCUAGAAUCCUCUUAUUGGUCUCCCUGCUCCCCUCGACAGGACCAGAGUUCCUAGGACUUCCUACGAAGAGGGACUGACUCUUAAUGUGGCCUAAAUCUGUCAGUACGCCUUUCAGCCGAUGUGCAGCAACUGGGCUCAAUAACUGGUUCUUCCCUGACUGGGCUAGGCGACUGGAGCACUUUCAGAGGCCUUCCAAUCCUGGAAAACAGGUCUCAGUGCACUGGACUCACAGCUGUGCAUUGUGAGCACCAGACUCAUGCAGAGUAUAAAUAACACGGAAGCUAGCUGUGAAGCAUAACUCCUUUUAUUUCUGAUAGCUACUACAAACUAAAGAACUACUGGCUUGCAUGAGUGUAACAUCUCCCACUCAGCCAUCUAGUCACUACAUAGAUAAGACUGUCUCCACACAGAGUCAGGCAGUCAGUCAGGACCGGAAGAGUAGAAGAGCAGUUUCCGCCCCCUCCUUUCUCAAAACAUCAGAUCAGGAGAUUCUUCCAAUGGGAGGGGGUGAAAAUAUCAACAAAAUCUACAGUGCAGUGAUCUCCUUGGUUUUUUACCUUUAGCUGUGCUGUAGAAUUGACUUCUUCUCUGAUCUUCCUUUCAACAGGGGGCAUCGGCCAACUGGUGGACUCUCCUGCACUCACAACAUCACGCAAAACCCAAUUGCCACAGCAAGGACCCGGACAUCGACAUGCACCCUGCCUUGUUUGCUUUGGGGAAGACCCUCUCUGUGGAGGCAAGUUUCAUGUUGCUCUCAUGCCCUUCAGAAAACAAUGAAUGCUUCCUAUUUGUUCCUGUGCGCUACCUAUUUGUAGUGUAGCUGUAUGUGUGGUCGCCAGAUUUCUACCUUAAAAAAACCCACACCAACAAAUAAUACAUGCCACUUAAUAUUUUGGGGUGGGGUUGGGAAUCCAGGGAACUAAAUUUAUGUUGACUGGAAAGAAGUCUAUGUAAUAAUGAUAUGGUUGCAUUCAGGGAAGUGGCAAGGUGCCUGUAUGGCUGGGAUGGGGAACUUGUGGCCAUUCACAUGUUGUUGGACUCCAGCUCUCAUCAGCCCCAGUCAAUAUGGCCAAUGGCAAUGAAAAUUACAGGACGGCAACAUACGAGGAGUUGCAGGCUCCCCCUUCUGUAGGGCCAUUUUUAUCAAAAUGUGACCUGAUUUGCUUUCACAGCUUGGGGUAAAGAAGACAAAGUAUAUGCCUUACAACCACCAGCACAAGUACUUCUCCUUCAGUAAGUGUUGCUGUUGUUUUUUGAAUUUAUAUACCACCCUAUACCCAGCGGUCUCAGGGCGGUUCAUAGAAAAGAUCACAAUAUAUAAAAUUAAAAUAAAAACAAUAACCCAGUAACACCCCCCCCAAAAGAGCCACAUUUUAAAAGGGUAUCGGGAUGUCAAUCAGGUCAACCAAAGGCCUGGUUAAAAAGGAAUGUUUUUUGUCUGGCGCCUAAAGGUGUAAAAUGAAGGCGCCAGGUGAACUUCCCUGGGAGAGCAUUCCACAGACAGGGAUCCACUGCAGAGAAGGCCUGUUCUCAUGUUGCCACCCUCCGGACCUCUUGAGGAGGAGGCAAACGAAGGAGGGCCUCAGAAGAUAAUUCAGGGUCUGGGUAGGUUCAUAUGGAAGUAUGACUAACUUCCUGCAAUGCCAUGGGAGUUAGUGGAGUCCGUUGGCUUAUGGUGAAUUAUAAUGGUACCAUCAUAGUCAUGGGCACAUGAUAGUGUGUAGCGGCUACAUCUGCAAAAACCCUGUGCCCAGCAGGUGGACAGUGCUGUGCACCUCUGUUCUACUUGAACCGUCACUCCACAGCAUUCUCAUAUUCCCUGUUGAUAGAAGUUCCUGCCAGAGCAAUGUUUCACCCCUGUAAUGUGUAUUUGCAUGCCAUACCUGGACCUAACACCUUGUAGGCCACCAUUAUGCUACAGUGGAGCUUGGAAGCACAGGACAGACUGUAGGGGAAUCCCUGUGCCAGAGCAAGGGAAUGAUUUCGUCUUCCCAGUUAAUGGGAUCAUAUGGUUGGAUCCAGACUAAAUUAAUGGUGGCUUAGUUCCAUUCAAAUCAGUGGGGCAAGUUAGUAUUGACUAAGUUUAAGCCGCUUUGAUCUCUGCGAGAACUGUUAGUCCAGAUCCAGCCCACAGUCCAUAAUAUCCUGUACCCUGUUACUUUUAACUGUAGUAAAACUUAAGGCAUUCUUCAGUAGCCACACCUAAAUUAUCCGCUUGCACUAUCUUCUUCCCAGUACAUCUGGUUUAUUUUACAUAUUUUGUAUUUUAAUUAUGUGGCUAAGGCAUCUUUCUUUUGCUAUCUUCAUCAGCGUUGCCUCCACUGUUGUUCCCUACCUUCUUCCAAUAUCACACCUUCUACAUUGCUUUCAAGAAGAAUUACUGGGUGGUAAGUAUUGCAUUAUCUGAGUUACAGAUGAAGCAACAGAAGAGCCCUCACUCCUAUUCCUGGCUGGCUGGCUUCUUGGGUGUUCUGAGGCAUUUUGUGUUUUAAUAUUUUGUUGGUAGCCGCUCAGAAUGGCUGGAGCAUCCCAGUCAGAUGAGCAGCAUAUAAAUAAAAAAAUAUUAUUACCAUUAUCUCUCAAAUUAUAGAGCAAUCACUAAUGCUAGAUCCAGUCUUGGCCUUGCUUUCAAUAGAAAGGAAUACAAAUCCCAGAGUAUCUUAUAAAACACUGGUCUUUCUGUUACUAACAAUGUCAAGAAAGCCAAUAGUCAAUGGAAAUCUUGCUCGCAUCCUUCAGUUGAUUAUUGGUAUGGUAGACUGUGGGAUCUAGCUCUCUCUGUGCAUCUCACAUUUCAAAGAAAAGUAAGUAGAGGAGAAUCUAAAUAAGAUCAUUUUUAUGCUAUUUGGUCUAUACAGUGGUACCUCGGGUUACAGAUGCUUCAGGUUACAGACUCUGCUAACCCAGAAAUAGUACCUCGGGUUAAGAACUUUGCUUCAGGAUGAGAACAGAAAUCGCGUGGCGGUGGGAGGCCCCAUUAGCUAAAGUGGUACCUCAGGUUAAGAACAGUUUCAGGUUAAGAACGGACCUCCAGAACAAAUUAAGUUCUUAACCCCAGGUACCACUGUACUUUUGACAAUAGACCCUGUCUAUAUAUACUGUAUAGACAAUAGACUCCCAAUAAUUCAAUUAAGUUUGUGGAGAGGAUAUAUUUUAGAAGAUUGGGAUAAAGAGAUAUCUCAAUGCCUUGGAUUGUGAUUAUAAAAGGAUACAUUGCAUGAAUUAAUGUAGGGUAUUAUCUUCCCUUUCCUUCCCCUCCAUUCUAUCUAUUCUCAUUCUCCUUUGUUUUCUUUUUGUAUCAAUAUUUUUUAUGAUGUUUGUAUUUCAUCUAUAUUUAUCUUUAUUUUAAAAAUUGAUAAAGUUUCUUUAAACAAAAAAAAAGCAGUUUCUGCUGAACAUUGGUUAAAUGACAUUAUGUUAUGUUAGCUUGAGUACUUCAAUCACAGUCUUGUUUCAACCACAAGGCCUAUCAGCAAAACUUUCUGUUGCACCUCUGGGGUAAAGGAUCGUAGGGGACAAUAACAAUGUGAACUAAGCUUCCUCCAUUCUGACAGCUUCUUCCUUUUGUUAGGAUAUUGCCUGCAUGCUGAGCUUCUUCAUCCGAUUCUUCAUCGUCUACGGGUGUUUUCUAGAAAUAAAGAGUCUUCUUAUAUUCUUCUUUUUGGUCAGGUAUUGUACAGCACAAAACCCCUCCCGAUUCAACUAAAUUUACCCAAAGCUGCCUUAGUGAAAGCAAUGGGACUUGAGCUUGUGUUGGCUGACUUAUCCUUUUAGUUGAAUUGGACUUCACCACGACCAACUUCAGCUGGCUUGGUUGGCCAUCUAUAUUUCUGUGGUGGAAAUGCCCCAAAAUUCAACCCUUUGUGGACUUCAGUCCUACAAGAAGUCUGCAAAAUAGCAAGACAGGUAUUAGAAGCACCCCCAGAACUGGUGUUGGAGAAAUUCAAAAAGAGGUUCCUAGGCAGGAGGUAUCCUUCCCAGGCACCCAGGAUAAGGAUGCAGGCUCCAAGUGAAAAGAUAGGCCUUUAUUGAAAUACAAAUGUGAACAGGAUGCUCCUUAUUUUUGAAGCUGUCCCUAUGUGCACUGAGGCCACAAGGCAAGCCGAACAAACAUACGACACACACACACACACACCGUAGCCCUUUUGCUUUGUAUACAGGCAACUCCUAAUUUAUGUUCCAAGGCACUGUGGGUUUAAGUGAAAUCGCAUAUAUUUGAAACACCAUUGGCAAAGCCUGCAAACACCUUGUUUUAUUGAAUACUAUGUUUCAUAUCUGGUCCUUUGAUUAAAAUGAAUUUUCAAAGUUAGCUGUAAGUUACUGUACUUUUCUAAAAGAAAUGGUUUUCUCUUGGCAUAUUACAAGUAAAAAAUUAAACACUGAGACUCUGAGAGAGCUUAGUAAGCUCAGCCCAACAUUUAAAAUAGCCAAGGAGGCCAGGCAGGGCUGAUUGGAUUCCAUUCCUCCGGUGAUGAACCCUUUUCUGUGUCUGACUGCCCCUUACUGGGGUUAUUUUGGAGGGCGGGGUCAGGAAGUUCUGGUUGCAAAGUUUUCUGCUGAGUUGCUCACAUUAUCUGCUGAAGAUUGUCUUUCCUAAAAAUGACAGAAUGGGAAGAGAGUUCGGAGCUGCAUUGCAAUUAUGAGUUGAGCAGAGAUGGGAAAGGUUUGCUUGCUGCUAUGGGACCGUCUAUUCACUUUUCGUUUUUUCUGCUUGUGGCUUUAUAAGUAAAAUAAUGUGAAAGCCACCUUUUUCAGUUCAGUUUGAAAACAUAGAAAAAUGAGUGUGAUGUUUUCAGGGAGUCAGAUUUUUGUGCAAGACACCAGAUUUCACACAAGGCUUUAAAAAAAAAAAGCAUUUUCCCAAUAUGAUCGGAUUAGUGAAUUACGCUUUCUACUGUAUUACUACUCUAUUUCCCCAUGCAGGAUGUUGGAAAGCUCCUGGUUUGUCUGGGUCUCCCAAAUGAAUCACAUACCCAUGACUAUAGAUUAUGACAAGAACUUGGACUGGGUGUCCAUCCAGGUAAUUAUUUUUUUUACUCUAGCAACUCUAUGGCUAUACAUGGGACUGCUCUAUAUCCUCUCAAAAGAUCAUUCUGGGUUCUAAUUCAAGUUGACCGAGAUGCUGCCCUGGAUGUUUAUCAGGAAACUGGAGGAAAAGCAGGCAUGAGUUCAGAUAAAGAGGCAUUAGCGCAGGGAUGGCGUCUUGUAGCUGUUCAGAUGCUGCUGGACUGUCAUUAGCACUGUCCAUGCUGGCUAAGGCUCAUGGGAGUUGUAGUUCAACAACAUCUGGUGGGGUCACAGGUUCUCCACUGCUGCUUUAGUGGACUCAACUAGACUAGGGAAUCAUGGGAGCUGGAGAUGCAGCAAAGAUGCAGUUCUUUCAGUGAGUAAAGAAGCAGGAGAGAGCAACAAGGAGUUAGUAGGAGCAAGUUAAUUCUGGGGAUGGGGAAUCCAUGGUCCUUCCAGGUGUCACCAGACUGGGCAGAUUCACAUCAUACAUUAAAGCACAUCCAAUGCACAUUUAAAACCCAUGACUUCCCCCCAAAGUAUCCUGGGAACUAUAAUCCUUCCUCCUUAAUGUCACCCUUAGCAAAUUGCAGUUCUCAUGAGUCUUUGGAUGAUGCUAUGUGCCUUGGGUGUGCUUUAAAUGUAUGGUGUGGGCCUGCCCUCCAACUCCUACCAGCCUUAGCCUUCUUGGCCACUGGUCAGGAAUGAUGUUAGUUGUAGUCCGGCAACAUCUGGAGGGGUUACAGGUUCCCCAUCCCUGGGCUUAGAGUAUGGUUUAGGGGCAGAGGGGAGGCAGAAAGAACCCUGCAAGUAUUUAAGAAGCAAGCAGAAGGAAACAAAGAGCGUGGAGAGUAGCUGGUAGCAAGAGGGACCAGAAACAUACCCUUGAGAGAAUGAGGAACAUCUAGAGAAGAUGUUCACAGAGGAUCACAGAGCAGCUUACAAUAGAAAAACACAGAUACAUAACAUAAAAAUCAUUGUUGAUUGUGCUGUAACAAUCAAAUAAGCCCUUUUUAAUAAGGGGUGGGGGACAAUGUAUUAGGCUGACAGACAAAUUUUAAAAAUGGCUUUUCAUUUCUCCCCCUCCCUGUAGAAUUAGGACCCAGCUAUAGUCCUGUUUGUUUUAAAAAGCAAUCCAACCUUUCCACAUACUGUGACUGCUCACUUGCUGGCGUUGCAACACUCACAAACACAUUUGUGUCAUUGUGUUCUUAUUAUCAGUAUUCUGUCGUCAUUUGACAAGCACCCAAAAUGAGAGGGUGAGCCUUCUUGGGACCAGAGCGGGGCAUCUCCUUGCUCCUGCUAGGACUGGAGUGAAAGCUGCCAAAAAGAAUCAAGUGAAACGAGACAAACCCACCUUCUUUGCUCCUCACAAUCAUUCUUGGUUCCCAACAUGCUUCAGAAAGGAGCAUCACUCAGUUUCCCACUGUCCAUAACAGUUGCCCACCACAGUAUCACAGUGUAGCAGCAGUUCUCCUCAGUAACCCAGAAGGGCUAAUGAAGCAGACGGCCACAGCAUCCCUCCCCUUCUGAACAGUCUCUAGUUGGGUCUGAGGGUUGUAACAGUGAAAAGUGGGGAAUGGGCAACAUGGCAGACAUGGGACCCACUGUAGGCUCUUUGGUAACGUGAGGAUUGCAAGAAUGUGGUGCUGACAUCUAGUCGGCUUUGCUAACUAUGGGAGGGAUUUGGUAGUAACUUAGGGUUGAAUCCAACAAGGUCGUUGCGCGAGCAAAACUUCUGCUCACACAACAGCAUUUCCCUGCCCCUUUCUCCCUCUGUACCCCACUGCCAAAUCUGCUCUUGAGGGUUGAGGGGGAACUCGGGGCGCAUUGGGAGGGAUGUGGUGGGGGGAGAGAAAGUUCUUUUGCAUUGAGUACAAGUUCUUCUACUUGCACAAUGACUUGGCUGAAUGCAACCCAUAGCCGUCAUACCAGGAGAGAGAGAAAGCUGUCAAGUGCUUCAACAUCCACCCACUUGUUAUUUCAGCUCCAGGCGACAUGUAACGUUGAUCAUUCCUGGUUCAACGACUGGUUUACUGGCCACUUGAAUUUCCAGAUUGAACACCAGUAAGUAUGGACCGCAAGGAAGUGCUUUCUCUGGGUUGUAUGUAGGUGAGUGGAACCCUGCUCACACAAUGGGGCUUUUCUGGCUCUUACCUUACUGCCCCUUGAAAAGCAACUCCCUAGGGAUGCAGGACUCUCUGGAAUAGUGUGAAUCGGGACAUGGUGGGAGAGGCUACACUGGGAAAGGGAACACAAGAGAAAUCCGCGCGUUGCCUUGUGCAAGUAGACAUGCUGAGCCAGUUGUGUGAAACUUCUUUGGAUCCAAGCCAACACAUCCUAGGAAUGCUUUUCAUGCUGUGUGAGUCUCUGUAGGAAGAACAAACGUCCAGUAUGUGAAGCAAUUUUUCUAUUGUUCGGUUUUCUGGAUGACUGCCUUGUCUAUGAUUUCUACACCAAAUGUGAUUAGCAGAACUUGAGGCAGAAUUGUUUUGGUUUCCCCCGCCAGUCUCUUCCCUACGAUGCCCCGGCACAACUACUGGAAGGUGGUCCCUCUGGUGAAGUCUCUGUGUGCCAAACAUGGCAUUGAAUACAAGUGCAAGCCCCUGCUGACAGCCUUUGCAGAUAUUUUACGGUAUGUAUCAAAGGAGAAAUGUGGCAUAAACAUACAGAUGUGCAGUGGGAAGAUAAGGCAGCUUACUCUCAUUUUCUGCAGGGGUGGAUAAACCAGUGGCAUGAUCAGACCGGCCAAGCAGCUUUUAGCAUCCCACUGCUCCCAUUAAAUUUUACUGGCACUGCUUUUGCAGAUAUUUUGCCAAGCCACUGCUGUCGAGUCAGAUGGAGAAUGCUGUAAUGCUUCCAGAAUGCUCCAGUCUGCUCCAGUGUCUCCCAAGUUCUGACAAAACACAGGGGCACCCAUUUCUGUUUCUGCAGCACCCUCAGUGGCAGAGGGCUGCCUCCCCCCGCAGAAGACACAACUGGUAGCAAUUGGCAGGGGCUGGCCAGCAGCCACUGCACAAACUGCUCAACCGUUUUAAAGGGAAAGGUGCAUUUCCAGAAAUAACACAACAAAGUAUGACUUGGAAGCAUCAUUUUCAGUGUUUCAGCAGCCUUUUCCCAGGCCUUCCUGAAUUAGUCGUUUCUGCAGCAUUUAAUUCUGGUUGCUUUCAUGGUUCCCAACUUUGUUUUUUAUUACUUGUGGUGCUUUCUAUUCCUGUACAUCCCUCAGGUAUUUUUUAAAUACAGGGUGAUUUGUAAAUUUUGAAAUUAAAAUAAGUAGCCGCCACACCCCCUUUCACCAUUCUUGCAGCUGGCUUGUCGCUGGCUCAUGGCCAGCUGGGGAAUUGCAUACAGCUCUAGUGGCAAAAAAAGGUUGACUACUGCUGAGUUAUAGAUUUCUGCUUUCUUGAUCUUUACCCAGAUUCCUGCCUCUCUAUUUAACUUGAUUGUAUCUCGGGCAUCUUACCCUUUCUUUUCCACAACACUUAAUUAGUUUUCUCCCACCCCACCCUUUCUCUUACUGCAGUUCCCUGAAGGAUUCUGGAGAGCUCUGGUUGGAUGCCUAUUUGCAUAAAUAAGUACUGGCUUUACAGAAAACAGAUUCAUUCACGAUGUCUCCACAGAUGCCUUAUACCGGCAGAUUGCCUUGAACGUUUUUCCAACUCCCAGUGUUUCAUUGUUUCCUAUUUAUAAUAAAAUUUAUGUCUGAUACCAUGCUUUCCCUAUUUUGUACAUCUCCC